AUGGGUGAAAAACGUAUGAUACGUCGACAAUCGAAGACAGAUUCUUCAUUAAAAUCGAAUUUAACUCAAAAUCUAAAUAAUUAUUUUAAUUUUGAUAAUAGUGAACAAACAAAUACAACAUUACUUAUACAUUUUUUUGGUAAAAAUGGUCGUGAUACAUUGAAUUAUACAGAAUUGAAGCGUUUUAUGGAAAAUCUUCAAAUAGAAAUACUUGAAAUUGAAUUUAACAAAUAUUCAUGUGGUUUUAAAACAAUAUCUGAUUUAAAUUUUACUGAAAUGCUUUUACGUUAUACAGAUUUUGAUUAUGAUACAAAAAAAUUCAUAUUAAAAAAAGUCAAAAAACAUCAUGAUCAACAAAAUGCAAUUACAUUUGAACAAUUUAAACAUUUUUCUACAUUUCUUCAAAAUCUUCAAGAAUUUAGUAUUGCUAUGCGUUUUCAUCGAUUGUCAAAUAAACCAAUCUCACAAACUGAAUUCCAACGAGCAGUCAAAAUUUCAAUGGGUUUUGAACUUGAAUCUCAUAUAAUUGCUCUUAUCUUUCGAAUAUUUGAUGUUGAUGAUGAUCAACAUUUGUAA